GGACAUCUGAACUAUGUUUAGUGUGUGCAUAAAACCUUACAGCAAGAAAUAAAUUCUUUGGAGUAUCACAGGUUGUCACCUUAAGGAGUAACAUCUAUUGGUUGUCCACGAAAUCACCAAAUUUAUCCUCCUGCACUGACAUUAUCUAGCGUUGCAUUUUCUCGUUUAGCAAGACAAUCUAGAAGACACAAUGGUGACAUCAAGAUCUGACCUGGCCACCUUCAUUUUGUGUGCUGCCCUCUUCACUUAUGUCACAGAAAUCCUACAUGCUGCAGCAGAAACAAACACUAAAACUAGUAAUGCCAUAGUCACUUCUGGUGCCUCAACAACUGUAGGAAUUAGUAAAGUUUUUUCAUCUACUACAAGAGAUUCUAUUAUAGCAGCCACCAUUUUUGGAGCUACUAGUGCAGUAUCUACUACUACAGGAAGCACUACUGCAAAAUCUACUGCUGCACCUCCCAUAGCAACCACUAGUGCAGCAUCCACUACUACAGGAAGUACUACUGCAGAAUCUACUGCCACACCUCCCAUAGCAACUACAAGUGUAGCAUCCACUACUACAGGAAGCACUACUGCAGAAUCUACUGCUGCACCUCCCAAAGCAACCACUAGUGCAGCAUCCAAUAAUACAGAAAGCACUACUGCAGAAUCUACUGCCACACCUCCCAUAGCAACCACUAGUGCAGCAUCCACUACUACAGGAAGCACUACUGCAGAAUCUACUGCCACACCUCCCAUAGCAACCACUAGUGCAGCAUCCACUACUACAGGAAGAACUACUGCAGAAUCUACUGCUGCAUCUCCCAUAGCAACCACUAGUGCGGCAUCCACUACUACAGGAAGCACUACUGCAGAAUCUACUGCUGCACCUCCCAUAGCAACCACUAGUGCAGCAUCCACUACUACAGGAAGCACUACUGCAGAAUCUACUGCCACACCUCCCAUAGCAACCACUAGUGCAGUAUCCACUACUACAGGAAGCACUACUGCAGAAUCUACUGCCACACCUCCCAUAGCAACCACUAGUGCAGCAUCCACUACUACAGGAAGCACUACUUCAGAAUCUACUGCCACAACUCCCAUAGCAACCACUAGUGCAGUAUCCAGUACUACAGAAAGCACUAAUGCAGAAUCUACUGCCACACCUCCCAUAGCAACCACUAGUGCAGUAUCCACUACUACAGGAAGCACUACUGCAGAAUCUGCUGCCACACCUCCCAUAGCAACCACUAGAGCAGCAUCCACUACUACAGGAAGCACUACUGCAGAAUCUACUGCCACUACUCCCAUAGCAAACACUAGUGCAGCAUCCACUACUACAGGAGGCACUACGGCAGAAUCUACUGACACACCUCCCAUAGCAACCACUAGUGCGGCAUCAACUACUACAAGAAGCACUACUGCAGAAUCAACUGCUGCACCUCCUAAAGAAACCACUAGUGCAGUAUCCACUACUACAAGAAGCACUACUGCAGAAUCUACUGCCACACCUCCCUUAGCAACCACUAGUGCGGCAUCAACUACUACAGGAAGCACUACUGCAGAAUCUACUGCUGCAUCUCCUAAAGCAACCACUAGUGCAGUAUCCACUACUACAGAAAGCACUACUGCAGAAUCUACUGCCACACCUCCCAUAGCAACCACUAGUGCGGCAUCAACUACUACAGGAAGCACUACUGCAGAAUCUACUGUCACACCUCCCAUAGCAACCACUAGUGCAGUAUCCACUACUACAGGAAGCACUUCUGCAGAAUCUACUGCUACACCUCCCAUAGCAACCACUAGUGCGGCAUCAACUACUACAGGAAGUACUACUGCAGAAUCUACUGCCACACCUCCCAUAGGAACCACUAGUGCGGCAUCAACUACUACAGGAAGUACUACGGCAGAAUCUACUGCCACACCUCCCAUAGCAACCACUAGUGCGGCAUCAACUACUACAGGAAGCACUACUGCAGAAUCUACUGCCACACCUCCCAUAGCAACCACUAGUGCGGCAUCAACUACUACAGGAAGCACUACUGCAGAAUCUACUGCUGCACCUCCCAUAGCAACCACUAGUGCAGUAUCCACUGCUACAGGAAGCACUACUGCAGAAUCUACUGCUGCACCUCCCAUAACAACCACUAGUGCUGUAUCCACUAGUACAGGAAGCACUACUGCAGAAUCUAUUGCUGCACCUCCCAAAGCAACCACUAGUGUGGUAUCCACUACUAAAGGAAGCACUACUGCAGAAUCUACUGCCACACCUCCCAUAGCAACCACUAGUGCAGUAUCCACUACUACAGGAAGCACCACUGCAGAAUCUACUGCUGCUCCUCCAAUAGCAACCACUAGUGCAGCAUCAACUACUACAGGAAGCACCACAGCAGAAUCUACUGCUGCAUCUACCAUAGCAACUACUAGGGCAGCUUCCACUACUACAGGAAGCACUACUGCAGAAUCUACUGCUGCACCUACCAUAGCAACCACUAGUGCAGCAUCCACUACUACAGGAAGCAAUACUGCAGAAUCUACUGCUGCACCUACCAUAGCAACUACUAGUGCAGCCUCCACUACUACAGGAAGCACUAAUGCAGAAUCUACUGCUUCACCUCCCAUAGCAACUAGUAGUUCAGCAUCCACUACUACAGGAAGCACUACUGCAGAAUCUACUGCUGCACCUACCAUAGCAACCACUAGUGCAGCAGCCACUACUACAGGAAGCAAUACUGUAGAAUCUACUGCUGCACCUACCAUAGCAACUACAAGUGUAGCAUCCACUACUACAGGAAGCACUACUGUAGAAUCUACUGCUGCACCUCCCAUAGCAACCACUAGUGAAGUAUCCACUACUACAGGAAGCACUACUGCAGAAUCUACUGCUGCACCUCCCAUAGCAACCACUAGUGAAGUAUCCACUACUACAGGAAGCUCUACUGCAGAAUCUACUGCUUCACCUCCCAUAGCAACUACUAGUGCAGCAUCCACUACUACAGGAAGCACUAUUGCAGAAUCUAUUGCCCCAACUCCCAUAGCAACCACUAGUGCAGUAUCCACUACUACAGGAAGCACUACUGCCCCUAUUACAGGAACAACUAGUACACAAUCCACUUCUACAGGAAUCACUACUGAUGUACCUGCUACCAAUGAAAUCUCUACUGCACCUCCCAUAGGAACCACUAGUGCAGCAUUUACUACUAAAGGAAGCACUACUGUAGAAUCUGCUACCAGUGAAAGCAGUUCUAGAGCCACUAGUGCAGCAUCCACUACUACAGGAAGCACUACUGCAGGAUCUACUAUAGAUGAAAUCACUACUACCUCUCCUAUAGCAACAACUAAUGCAGAAUCCACAACUACAGGAAGCACUACUGCAGAAUCUACUAUAUCUGAAAUCACUACUGCCUCUCCUAUAGCAACAACUAAUGCAGAAUCCACUACUACAGGAAGCACUACUGCAGAAUCUACUAUAGCUGAAAUCACUACUACUGCUCCUAUAGCAACAACGAAUGCAGACUACACUACUACAGGAAGCACUACUGCAGAAUCUACUAUAGCUGAAAUCACUACUGCCUCUCCUAUAGCAACAACUAAUGCAGAAUCCACUACUACAGGACACACUACUGCAGAAUCGACUAUAUCUGAAAUCACUACUGCCUCUCCUAUAGCAACAACUAAUGCAGAAUCCACAACUACAGAAAGCACUACUGCAGAAUAUACUAUAGCUGAAAUCACUACUACUGCUCCUAUAGCAACAACUACUGCAGGAAGUACUGCUGCAGAGUCUUCUACCACUGAAAGCACUACUGCACUUCCUAUAGAAACAACUAGUGCAGUAUCCAUUUCAACAGGAAGCACUAGUGCAGCAUCCAUUACUACUGGAAGUACUACUGCAGAAUCUGCUACCACUGAAAUAUCUACUGCAGCUCCCUUUGCAACCACUAAUGCAGACUACACUACUACAGGAAACACUACUGCAGAAUCUACUAUAGCUGAAAUCACUACUGCCUCUCCUAUAGCAACAACUAAUGCAGAAUCCACUACUACGGGAAGCACUACUGCAGAAUCUACUAUAGCUGAAAUCACUACUGCCCCUCCCAUAUCAACAACCAAUGCAGAAUCCACUACUAUAGGAAGUACUACUGCAGAGUUAUCUACCACUGAAAGCACUACUGCACCUCCUAUAGUAACCACUAGUGCAGCAUUUACUACUACUGGAAGCACUACUGCAGAAUCUGUUACCACUGAAAACACUAUUGCACCUGUUACAGGAACCUCUGGUGCAAUAUCCACUACUACAGGAAGCACUACUGCAGAAUCUAAUACAACAGAAAUCUCUACUGCACCUACCAUUGCAACCACUAGUGCAGUGUUUACUACUAAAGGAAGCACUACUGCAGAAUCUGCUACCACUGAAAUUUCUACUGCACCUACCAAAGCAACCACUAGUGCAGUGUUUACUACUGCAGGAAGCACUACUGCAGAAUCUGCUUCCACUGAACUAACUACUGUACCUCCCAUAGUAACCACUAUUUCAGCAUCCACUACUGCAGGAAGCACUACUGCACAAUCUGCUACCACUGACAGCACGACUGCACCUCCCACAGUAACCACUAGUGCAGCAUCCACUACAGCUGAAAUCACUACUAACCCUCUUAUAGCAGAAUCCACUACUACAGGAAGAACUACUUCAGAAUCUGGUCCCACUGAACUAACUACUGUACCUCCAUCCACAAGUGCAACAUCCACUACUACAGGAAGCACUACUGCAGAAUCUGCUACCAAUGAAAGCACUGCUGCACCUCCUAUAGUAACCACUAGUGCAGCAUCCACUACAGCUGAAAUCACUACUGCCCCUCUUAUAAAAGAAUCCACUACUACAAGAACUACUUCAGAAUCUGGUCCCACUGAACUAACUACUGUACCUCCAUCCACAAUUGCAACAUCCACUACUAUAGGAAGCACUACUGCAGAAUCUACUACAACUGAAAUCACUACUGCCCCUCUUAUAGCAACAACUAAUUCUGAAUCCACUACUGAAGGAAGGACUACUGCAGAAUCUGCUUCUGCUGAAGUCACUACUGCACCUCCCAUAGUAACCAGUAGUGAAGAAUCCACUACUAUAGGGAGCACUACUGCAGAGUCUGCUACCACUGAACUUCCUACUGUACCUUCAACUACAAGUGCAACAUCCAGUAUUACAGGAAGCACUACUGCAGAAUCUGCUAUCACUGAAAGCACUACUACACCUUCAAUAAUAACCACUAGUGCACCAUCCACUACUGCAGGAAGCACUACUGCAGAAACUGUUACUGCUGCAAGUACUACUACACCUCCCAUAGUGACAACUAGUGCAGCAUCCACUACUGCAGGAAGCACUACUGCAGAAACUGUUACUGCUGCAAGUACUACUACACCUCCCAUAGUAACAACUAGCGCAGCAUCCACUGCUGCAGGAAGCACUACUGCAGAAUCCACUUCUGCUGUAGUCACUACUGCACCUCCUGUAGAAACUACUGGUGCAGGAUCCACUACUACAGGGAGCACUACUGCAGAAUCUGCUACCACUGAGAGUACUAUUACACCUGCUGCAACAUCAAAUACAGCAGGGAGCACUGCUGCAACAUCCACUAUUGGAAUUUCCACUGCAGCACUUGCUACCACUGGGACAACAACUAAAUUAUCUAUUACUACAGAAAACACUGAUUUAGCACCCACUGCCACUGAAACUGUUUCUUCAUCAACCACUACUGCAGCAUCCACUAAAUUAGAACCCAUUACUACAGCAUCCACUACCACUGGAAUUACUACUGUUGCAUCAACUCCUAUAUUAACUACCGUUGCAGUAUCCAGUGGCCCUAGUCCACCAUCAACUAUUACAAGAACCUCUACUGCAUUAGCUACUUCUACAGAAACUGCCACCACAACUUUCACUGCCACUGGAACCACUACUGCAACACCACCUAGUACAGAUCCCAUUACUGCAGCAUCCACUACCAGUGAAAUUACUACUGUUGCAUCAACUCCUAUAUUAACGACUGUUGCAGUAUCCAGUAUCACUGGAACGACAAUAGCAGAAUCCAUUACUUCUGGAACCACUAAAGCAGUGUCAAUUAACACUGUAACUACUAGUCCAACCAUCACUACUACAGAAACCUCUACUGCAUUAUCCUCUGAUACAGACCCCUCUACUGCAGCUUUCACAGGAACAAUUAAUUUAUUUACUACUAAAGCAUCUACUACUACUGGGGACAUUAGUACUUUACUGGUUUCUACUUUGGACACUAGUACAUUAUUGGCUACUACUGUAGACACUACUACAGAAACCGUUACAGCUGAAUCUGCUACUAUGAUAUCUGUUGCUACAAACACAGCUACCAUUGGAACCAAUGCCGUCUCAUCUGCUACCACUGCUCUGUCCUCUUCUACUAUAACCACUAAAAAAGAAUCUAUUCCUACUGGAACAACUUUUACAGCAUCCACUAACCCUGUAUCCACCACUGUAGCUUCCAUUACUACAGGUAUCACUACGGCAGUGUCUAUUACUACUGAGACCAAAAGUGAAGCAUCUAUUACUACAGGCACUGAUGUAUUACCCACUACUACUGUAACUAGUAAUCCAUCAACAUCUACUACAGGAACCAUUACUAUAGCAUCUAUUAACACUGGGACAACUAAUGCAGCUUCCAGUAUUACAGACAUGACUAAUGCAGUAUCUACCACCAUUGGAACAAGCACUGAAGCAUCUAAUAGUACUGGAAUACCUACUAACACUGUAAUCACUGCUGCAGCAUCUACUUCAGGAACCACUAUUGGAGAGUCAUCUGUCCCAAAAGCCACUACUCUAGCAUCCAUUACUACUCAAACUACUGUUGCCACUGGAAUUAACACUGUUACCUCUACUUCUCCAUUAACCACUUCUGCAGUAUCAAGUAACGAGACAACAACUGCAGAACCUAUUACCAAUGGAAUCACCACUGUAGCAUCCACUAACACUGGGACCACUAAUGCAGCUUCCACUACUUUAGAUGUCUCAACAGCUGCAUCAACUUCUCCAUUAACCACUACUGAAAUAUCUACUAACAAUGAAACCACUAAUGUGGCAUCUACUAAUGCUGGAGUCACUAAUGCAGUUUCCACUCCGGCAGUAUCAACUUCCACUAGAACGAGCACUGAAGCAUCUAUUAGUACAGAAAUCCCUACUUCAGUACUCACUAACACUGUAACCACUACUACGACAUCCAAUACUAUUGAAACUAGUGUUGACCCAUCCACUACUGCUGGUAUCACUACAGAUACUUCCACUUCUCCAUUAAUUGUCACUGCAGUGUCAAGUGUAACUGAAACAACAAUUGCAGAAUCCAUUAUUACUGGAGCUAUUACUGAAGCACCCACUAUCACAGGGACCACUAAUGCAGUUUCCACUACUACAGACAUCACUAAUGUUGCAUCUACAUCUUUAUUAACCACUACUGGAACUUCUAGUAUUACUGGUACAUCAAUUGUAGAAUCUAUUUCUACUGGAGCCACUACUCUAGCAUCCACUAAUACUGGAACCUCUAAUGCAGCAUUGAGUGGGGGCACUAACUUAGCUUCCACUACUGAAGCAUAUACUGCCACUGGAACCAGCAAUGAAGCAUCUAUUACCACAAUUAAUACCAAUUCCAUAUCCACUAAUGCUAGAACCACUACUGCAGCAUUAACCACUGAUAUAGGAACUAAUUCAGCAUUAUCUUCUAUUUCAGAAGCCACUAUUGCAGCAUCCAUUACCACUGCAACUACUGCUGCCUCAUCCACUAUGGCAGAAAUUACUACCAUUACCUCAACUUCCCCAUUAACCACCACUGUAGUAUCCAAUAUAACUGGAGCAACAACAGCAGACUCCAUUGCUUCUGAAGCUACUAAUAUAAUAUCUACUAACACUGCAACCAUUAAUACAGGUACCACUACUGCAAUACCUACUAGGACAGAAACCACUACUGCAGCUUUUACAACUACUGGAACCAUAACUUCAACUUUCACUACCACUGGGACUCUUACUUUAGAAUCUACUACCACUGAAACCACUACUAAACCAUCUACUAGUGUAAAAACAACUAUCACAGAGUUCACUACCACAGAAGCCUCUUCUUCUGUGUCUACUUCUUCAUUAACUGCAGCCACAUUAUCUAGUAACAAUGGAACAACAUUUACAGAAACCAUUACUACAGGAACCACUCUUGAAGUAUCUACUAUCACUGGAACCACUGCUCCACAAUCCCCUACCUUGUUGACCGCUACUGAAUUAUCAAGUAUCACUGGAACAACAACUUCAGCAUCCAUUAGUAGUGGAACAACUACUACAGCAUCCACUAAUACUGAACGGAAUGCUGAAACUUCCACUAGUAUUACUUCUAUAGCAUCUACUACUACUGAAACCAGCACUGAAACAUCUAUUAUUAUUGGAAGCACAAAAUUAGAACCAACUAACACUAUUAAUACUAUUCCAUCCACUGCCACUACAGGACCCUCUACUGCUGUAAAAUCCACUGUUAAAGAAACCAGUUCUGUAGCACCCACUACUUCAGGAACUGCUGUUGCCCAAUCUACUGCCAUAUCUACAUUAGCCACUACUGAAGCUUCUAGCAUUACAGGAAGCACUACAUCAGUACCGAAUAACAUUGUAACUACUAUCCCCUCCACCACUACUACAGGUGUAUCUACUGGAGGUACUACAUCAUCCACUGUAACUGACCUUAGUAAUAUUUCCAUUGCUGCAUCUUCCACUACUCCUACUAUAGUUAAUACAUCUUCAGUUGCUAUAGUGGCAGCUACUCCUCCAGUGAAAACUACUAAAGCUUCAACUGAAACUGGAUAUAUCACUACAGAAGCAACUACUAAAAUGUACAUUAGUUCUGGACACACUACUUUAACUUCCAUUACAACAGGACCUCCAACUCCUAUUACAUCCUCUAGUGAUUCCAAGUCUACUUCUAUAAUUUCCAGUGCGUCCCAGCCCCCUACAGUAGCAAUUAAUAUAAUUAGUAACUCUACUAUUGAUGCAACUUCUACUACUAUCACUGUUAUAGGGUUAAGUAGUUCCUUUGCUACUAUGUCAACUACUAUAGCUCCAACUGAUACUAGGACCACCUCAAAUUUCUCCAAGCCUCCUGGGAUUAUUGAAGUUACAACUGGAUCCAGCAUCGCUAAGAAUGUUACUACAGAUUCUAAUGAAACUGAGUCAAUAACUACUUCAGUUGCCAAUGAGUCUGCUACUACAGUUUCCACUGCUACUGAGAACUCUACAGCUAAAACCACUAUCAACACUACAACUUCACCAGGUGCCACUUCUAAAGUACUCACCGUUGAUGCCUCCACAUCUGCAGGAGCUACUGAGAUAACUACUUUAUUUGGAGAAGAACUCACGCUUAAUCAGAGUACCAUCAUCACCUUUACGUCUGAACUAUCGGAAGUUCCACAUUGGGGCAUUAUCCUGAUCGGAUUAGCAGUUAUUCUUGGUAUCAUCUUACUACUAGCUUUACUCUGUGGUAUACUGAAGCGUAAGCGAUCGGUCGGCAAGUACGCUAUGGAAGAAUAUCCUAAAUACGUUGCCCAUUUAGCAGAGUGGAAUGCGACAAAUCUGGAACUGAUUACAGACCCUGAGGUUGGGAUACAGAAUUUAAACUUCCGACCAAGACCUCGCCAGUCUGGAUUUAAGAACAAUUAAUAACUUAAUUUGGCUGUACUAUUAAUUGGAUUUCAAAUACUCUGUGUUAAACUAAAUGUUUAGUUUGCAGAUGGGCACUAGCUGCAGAAACGUUGUCUAUCACUCCAAGUUCUGUGGGGCCGGAACUCACAGAUGCUCUGUGUGUGUGUAUUUAUAUGUAUGAAUGUAUUAAACAAUACUUGACCCAAUUGCUCAUGUUAUACACCCUUAGUUUUUAUAAAAGUUUGAUAUCAUUUAUCAUU